ACACCAUGCUCAGCUUGCUUCUAGCGUGGCCUCCCUGAGCGACGCGACCAUGCGUCUCUUACUCAUUCGCCAUGGAGAGACAGUCGACAACGUCGCAGGUGUUUACGCCGGCUCCCGAGAUUCUGCCCUGACCGCCCACGGCGUUCUCCAGGCUGGACGGUUGGCUGCUCACUUGGCCGAGCACGUCGACGUUGACCACAUGUUCUCUUCCGACCUCCAACGCGCGGCAAUUACGGCCCAGGCUAUCCUCAAUGCGCAGAAACGCGCCACGGAGGUGAAGCUUGUCGUGGCUCCGGAGCUGAGGGAGAAGGACUUUGGGUCUGGCGAGGGCGUCAAGUUUGGGUUGGCUUUUGAGUUUGAGGGCGAGGAGACACCGGAGGCGAUGAGGAAGCGAUGUGAUCGUUUCUUGGGUGAGCAUCUUGGCCCCCUGCUGCACGAAGACUCUACAGUCUGCAUCGUCGCGCAUGGCAUCCUCCUCGGUGUUCUCUACAAAGCACUCUGCGCAAGGUUCUCGUCCGUCACGAUAGCUCCCGGCGCUCAGUCAAGGCCACGUCCUACCUCUACUCCCUUUCACCCUUCCUGGAGCAACACUGGGUAUUUGGAAGCUGUCAUCACGGCUCUUCCGGACACCAAGGGUCGCUUUCGGAUGCGCGUCGACAAGGUCAACAGCGUCGAACACACCAAGACCCUGAAAAGGACUCGCGGUGGCAUUGGCAGUGCCAAGUUCGACGCCAAACAAAAGACGAUGGACUCAUUCUUCACGCCUGCGCCGAAAAAGCCCAAGCAUGAAGAAGAGGACAUCGUCUCCAAAUAA